AUGAUCGAGACGGCCGAGCUAGUGGAAGGCCUUAAUUCUGUUGAGGUCUUCCUGCAGAGGACGAUGGCAAUCGUGGACCAUUGGAAGCAUAAGUGGUCCAAGCAGCAGGAGGACCUGGCGAAGCUGAAGGGACGAGUCCAGCCUUUGAGGGAAGAGAACAAGGCUUUGAAGGAGGAGAACCGGGCCCUAGCGGGCGCUCUCGGUGAUGCUAAGCUGCAGAGUGAGGUCGAGCUUCAAGCCACCAGGAGGGAGCUAGAGAGAGUUCAUAAGUCCUUAGAGAUUGCUCUAAGGUCCAAUGAGACUCACGCUGCCCAAGUGAGUGAGCUGCAAGAGCUCGCCAAUUCUUCCCGAGGCCGGGUGCGUGCCCUAGAAGACGAGGUAACUUCCCUGAAGGUUGAUCUCGUGGUGGCGGCUGAGAAGCAUCUUUGUGACGAGGUGCUUCUCGGUGGGAAAGAAGAGGAGGUCGUCGCACUUAGGGUGGACCUCUCGAAGAUGGCUACGGAGAAGGCGGAGCUGGAGAAGAAGCUCGAGGGAACUAAGCGAGUUGUCCUGUUCGAGCACAAGAGGGGAUUCCUCAAGGUGACCUCCAAGGCUGUUGGUGCUGAUGCGGUCGACCUUACUGGGAGUUCUCCGCCUGAGGGAGCUCCCCAAGCGGCCGCCGAGGAGGUAGCUCAGGCCACCGAGGUGAGGCAUGCUGCCGAGGUCCCGGUGGUUCCGAGUUCGAAGGCCCCCGUGGUUGAGCAGGGGGCGCCUGCCUCUACCUCUGCUGAGGUUCACAAAAAGGGGCCGAGCUCCGAGGUUCCGACACCUACUCCCACGACCUCGGCGCCGCCGUCUGGUUCAUCGAAGGGGCCCCCCAGAAACCAGUACCUCGCCCAUCGCUUCAGGAAGGAUCAUUCUUUGGUGCGGCUGGAUCAUGUGAGCGCUUCGGAGGACAUAGAUUCUCUAUGGAGCGCGGGGUGA